GCAGAAGGGAAAAAAAUAAAAAAUAAAAAGGAUAAAGCAACUCCAAUCAGCAGCUCGCUUCACCUGCAACAAUGGCGUCAUCUCCCGCGCUGUUACACUCCACCGCCUCCACAUUCCGCGGCGGCCAGCUCUCCGUUCGAUUGCCGUCCGUUAACUUCGUCUCCGUUAGGUCCGGUGGCCUCUCCGUCAACGCCAAGGCGCCGGUUGUCCUGGUGGAGAAAACCGAAUCCGAGAAAGUCGACCGGCUCAAGACCGCUUACCUCGAGAAAAUCGUCCCGAUACUCAAGGAAGAGUUCAAUUACACCAACAUUCACCAGGUCCCGAAAGUAGACAAAAUUGUAGUGAACUGUGGAAUUGGAGAUGCUGCCCAGAAUUCGAAAGGAUUGGAAGCAGCUAUGAAUGAAUUAGCACUUAUUACUGGGCAAAGGCCGAUUAAGACGAGGGCGAAGAAGGCCAUUGCCACAUUUAAGAUUAGAGAAGACCAGCCGCUCGGAAUUGCUGUCACCCUAAGAGGAUACGUGAUGUACUCGUUUCUUGACCGGCUCAUUAAUCUAGGUUUUCCGAGGACAAGGGAUUUUCAAGGGGUGAACUCCAACAGCUUCGAUGGGAACGGCAACUACAGCGUCGGCUUGCGCGAACAGAGUGUUUUCCCUGAGAUUAGUUACGAUGUGCUCGGUAAGCCGAGGGGAAUGGAUGUUUGUAUAGCCACAACUGCUAAUACAGAUAAAGAAGCGUAUAGGCUACUGGCUCUAAUGGGAAUGCCGUUCAGAGAAGGUGGCGGUCCCACAACCACAGACGUGGAGCGAAAGAAGAAGCUCAAGUCUCAUCAUUUCGACACCAAGGCCAAAUCGAAGACCAGGAAGAAGUAAAACUCGUCUUCGAUCAACGACUUUUUGUUUUGGUGUCUCUCCCUUUGUAUUUAUUAUAAAUUGAAAGUUGUCGAGGUUUUAUGAUAGAACAGUCUAAUGUGGCUAUUGACUUUGUUUUGUUUCUUUCUCCCGUUAGCCGAUUCUCGAAAUUUUCAUCCCACCCUUUUCCGAGGUAAUGUAAUUUGGGCAUUUACUGUCGAACCUUUGAUUACAAGCUUAUUUUCUUGAUUUUGUAGUCUA